ACAAAGCUAAAAAUGCACGUUAUUAUAAGCGCCGUUAUGACCGACUAGCUUCUUACGCGUCGGUAAACAGUUUCAAAACGACAAUUUCUCUUAAGAUUUACAUACACCAGGUCAGAGAAAUUACGUACAAAGACUUCUAAUGUAUUUGAGCACAAAAAGGACAAACAGGGCUCACUCUGCGACGGCCCCUGUUGAUGACGUAGCUGUCCCCUCCUCGUAGGUUCAUGCAGUUUGUAGCGCGGGAACAGUUUGUAGCAGCGAGACUGCGGGAAGUUUUAAAAAAACUAAGCAACAAGCAGCUAUGGAUCCUUCAGAGGUAGAGUUCCUUGCAGAGAAAGAGAUGCUGAAGAUAAUACCGAAUUUCAGCCUGGACAAGAUCUACUUGAUCGGGGGUGACCUGGGUCCCUUCAACCCUGGACUGCCUGUGGAUGUUCCUGUGUGGCUGGCUCUCAACUUAAAACAGAGACAGAAAUGCAGAAUUGUUCCUCCUGAGUGGAUGGAUGUCGAGAAACUGGAAGAGAUGCGAGAGCUUGAGAGAAAGGAGGACACCUUUACGCCUGUUCCCAGUCCUUACUACAUGGAGCUGACCAAACUGCUGCUGAACCAUGCGUCUGACAACAUUCCUAAAGCAGAUGAGAUCCGCACGCUGGUCAAAGACAUCUGGGACACUCGCAUUGCCAAACUCCGUCUGUCUGCUGACAGUUUCAUCAGUCAGCAGGAGGCUCAUGCCAAGCUGGACAACCUCACGCUGAUGGAGAUCAACACCAUAAGAUCAUUCCUUCUCGAUUCUCUGAACUGCAUGUUCAAGCUGCGUUCCAAUCUGCAGCCCGGUUCCAGUAAAGGACAGUUUGUGGACUAUUGAGCCACAAGAUUGGACGUGGGUUAACCUUUUGGACUACGGUGUGUAGCUGCUGACCAGUCCCCGUAUUCCUAAAAGGACUGUUUUCUCAGAAACUGAAGAAAGUAAAAGUUUUACUUGAGCAUGGACAGUGUUGGAUUUUUGCAGAUAUCCAUUAUGCUGAUAGUUUUCAAAUGAUUUAGGUAAUUUCUGGCGCUGUUAUAUGUACAUAUUUCUCGACUUAAUUUCAGAGAACGUGGUGGAAUCAACAUGACAACUCUUAUCGUGAUGGCCCACUGGCAGGUGCAGACAUUUUUUUUUUCUUUAAGACUUUUCAAAUGUACAUAUUCAGUAGGAAAAACAAGAAAACUACUUCAUGUAAUACAAUUUGUUUAUGUAACCUUGACAACUUAUCUGCAGCCUAUCAGUGUGCCAUUUUGGGUCAGUGUCCCAAAUCAACUUCAGCCUUUGUCAGCUCACAUGCCAAUAUCCUCAUGCAUCCCUGGAAUCAAUAAAGGAUCAGACUUUUUCUGAUAAGGACUUAUGCUAGUCCAUACAUAUUUAGACAGCACGUAAAGCUUAUUG